ACGAACUUCACUCGGAAAUUUCACUCGCAUCGAUUUCUCGGCCAGCCAGCGACCAACUCGACAACCCCCCCGACCGCCGUCUCCGGAUACCUCACCACACACAACCACACCGUCACCAUGGGUCGUCUUCACAGCAACGGCAAGGGCAUUUCGUCCUCGGCCAUCCCCUACUCGCGCACCGCCCCCGCCUGGCUCAAGACCACCCCCGAGCAGGUCGUCGACCAGAUCUGCAAGCUCGCCAAGAAGGGCGCGACCCCCUCGCAGAUCGGUGUCGUCCUCCGUGACUCCCACGGCGUUGCCCAGGUCAAGAUCGUGACCGGUAACAAGAUCCUCCGGAUCCUGAAGAGCAACGGUCUUGCUCCCGAUAUCCCGGAGGACCUUUACAUGCUUAUCAAGAAGGCUGUUGCCGUCCGCAAGCACCUUGAGCGCAACCGCAAGGACCGCGACUCCAAGUUCCGCCUCAUUCUGAUCGAGUCGCGUAUCCACCGUCUUGCGCGCUACUACAAGACCGUCGGUGUCCUGCCCCCCACCUGGAAGUACGAGUCGUCGACCGCCAGCACCAUGGUCGCCUAAGCGAAGCGCUGCGAAGGGUACGUCGUGUCGAGACGGGGUUCGCUGGGUGGCGGAAGCGUGGGGAGGAUCUGGUUCUUUGCAGCUUUUGGCCCGCCGCUGUGUAGCCGUCCGCAGGUUUGGUCCGGGUCAUUGGAGUUGGGGAAUGGAAAGGAAACUUGCAUUCUAGAUUACUGCAAUGGGCGCAGGAUAGUGCUGUCUCCCGGGCACGAAAAGCAUGGGAUGACGAGCGACGAGUGAGGAAACAAAUGCAAUGCAUUGCUCCUCCUCCCAAC